AAAAAAUCUACUCUUUCUUCUUCUCCAAUCUCUCUCUCUCUCUCUCCAGUCUCCCUCACCGGCUCCGAUCACCCGGCGGGUGGGCUCGCGGCGGGGCGCACCCCAUCCCCUCCCCCCCAUGGCCUGGCGGCUCGCCCUCUCCAAGGCUGGAAGGCGGUCGUCGAGUGUGGUCUACAAUGAGCUAGUGAGUACAAGUGCUUUCAGGACACCUGCAAAUGGCACCGGCGGAGUUCUCAAGGCGCUGCAAGAGAGGUACCGAUCAAGCUACGUCGGUAGCUUCGCGCGCAGGCUACGAGACUUUGACACGCCAAGUGAUGCCUCCCUUCUUAAAGAGAUCUACAGAAGUAACCCAGAAAGGGUCGUGCAGAUCUUUGAGAGCCAGCCUUCCUUACAUAACAACUCUUCGGCUCUCUCCCAGUAUGUGAAGGCUCUUGUCGCUCUCGACAGGCUGGAUGAAAGCCCGCUGCUUAAGACAUUGCAGAGAGGAAUUGUCAAUUCAGCAAGGGAGGAAGAAGGGUUUAGUGGCAUCCCAGCAUUUCAAAGUGUUGGCCGUACGACGAAAGAUGGGGCUCUUGGUACUGCUGGUGCACCAAUUCACAUGGUUGCAUCAGAGACUGGCCAAUUCAAGGAGCAGCUUUGGCGUACCUUCCGAAGCAUUGCACUCACUUUCCUAGUAAUCUCCGGCAUCGGGGCUCUGAUUGAAGAUAGAGGAAUUAGUAAAGGCCUUGGAUUGCAUGAAGAGGUUCAGCCAAGCUUGGAUUCGAGCACAAAAUUCAGUGAUGUCAAGGGGGUUGAUGAAGCUAAAGCUGAACUCGAGGAAAUAGUUCACUACCUACGAGAUCCCAAGCGUUUCACACGCCUUGGUGGCAAGCUUCCAAAAGGUGUUCUACUUGUCGGCCCACCCGGGACAGGGAAAACCAUGUUGGCAAGGGCUAUCGCUGGGGAAGCUGGCGUUCCUUUCUUCUCCUGCAGCGGCAGUGAGUUUGAGGAGAUGUUUGUGGGUGUCGGGGCAAGAAGAGUGAGGGAUCUAUUCAGUGCAGCAAAGAAACGAUCUCCAUGUAUAAUUUUCAUUGAUGAAAUUGAUGCAAUUGGUGGGAGCAGAAACCCAAAAGAUCAACAGUAUAUGAAGAUGACCUUGAACCAGUUACUUGUUGAGCUGGAUGGCUUUAAGCAGAAUGAUGGGAUCAUUGUAAUUGCAGCAACAAACUUCCCCCAGUCACUAGAUAAAGCCCUUGUUAGGCCUGGGCGUUUUGACCGUCAUAUCGUGGUUCCUAACCCAGAUGUUGAGGGCCGACGGCAGAUCCUGGAGACUCAUAUGUCAAAGGUGUUAAAAGCAGACGAUGUGGAUUUGAUGACCAUUGCCAGGGGAACGCCUGGAUUCUCAGGUGCAGACCUUGCAAACCUGGUGAACGUGGCUGCUCUCAAGGCUGCCAUGGAUGGAGCGAAAUCUGUUUCAAUGACCGACCUCGAGUUUGCCAAGGACAGGAUCAUGAUGGGCAGCGAGCGCAAAUCAGCAGUGAUAUCCGACGAAAGCAGGAAGAUGACUGCAUACCAUGAGGGAGGGCAUGCGCUGGUCGCGAUACACACGGCCGGUGCCCACCCCGUCCACAAGGCCACCAUUGUUCCGAGGGGAAUGGCUCUGGGCAUGGUCACGCAGCUGCCAGAGAAGGACCAGACCAGCGUGUCUAGGAAGCAGAUGCUGGCAAGGCUGGACGUCUGCAUGGGAGGGCGGGUGGCCGAGGAGCUUAUAUUUGGGGAGAGUGAGGUAACGUCGGGCGCGUCGUCCGACCUAAGCCAAGCGACCCGGCUGGCCAAGGCCAUGGUGACCAAGUAUGGCAUGAGCAAGCGCGUGGGCCUUGUGGCCUACAACUAUGACGACGAUGGGAAGACCAUGAGCACGCAGACGCGGGGUCUGGUGGAGCAGGAGGUGAAGGAGCUGCUGGAGACGGCCUACAACAAUGCCAAGACGAUCCUCACGACCCACAACAAGGAGCUGCACGCGCUCGCCAACGCCCUCAUCGAGCGCGAGACCCUCACUGGCGCCCAGAUCAAGAACCUUCUGUCGCAGGUAAACAGCAGCAGUGACACUCAGCAGCCCCAGGCCGCUGAGGUUCCACAGCAAACACCCGCUGCCCCAGCCUCACCCCAGUCUCCAGCAGCAGCGGCUGCGGCCGCCGCCGCAGCUGCAGCACAGCAAGCAGCGGCUCAAGCCAAAGGAGUCGCAGGCAUCGGGUCCUAGCCUCACCGGGCAACAAGAGAACAUCAACCCAGCAAAGUGCCAUUAAUUAGCAUGCUGUUUUUUUAUGGACAACAGGGCAAAUUCUUAGCUGCCGCUGAAGAGAGCAUCUGUACUCUGUAGUAAUUUAGCUAGUCGGGAGUACAAUUUAUAUGUGUUCUUGGCUGUUGGUAUGAUGCAGCCUGAAGAAGAAGAAGAUCCAUCCAUGGCAGGGGAUCCGCUGAGUCAUGUCAAGGAGAUUUUGUACUCUGCAUUAAUUAGACCUCUUAUCAUUUGAUCGUCGUGACGUAUCAUAUGUCGCAAUCUUGGAUAAGUUAUAACGCGCCGGUUAUACUCCAGUUUAGAUGGCCUGCCUUGUUGUUGCUGUGGCAACUUUUUUCGAUGUUAAAAGCUCACCAGGAAUGACAUGGCAUUGUAAGAUCAUCGCCUGGUACUCUGUUGUUUCCUUUCUAUAUAUCUGCACGGAGAUUGAUUCUUGA